AUGCUUGACGAUCCAAUAUUUAUUACUCAUCUGUUUUUUAAAGUUUGUUGUACAAAUCACAUCAAACCUUGAAAUCGGCCUAUUAAUUAGAAUAAACAUAUACUGCUUGUGUCACAAUCCGGGUUAAGAUAGAAGCAGACUACGCCAAAAUUCAACAGUUGAUUGAUACUUACUUUACCUUGAACCUGUGCUUUAUAAAAUCGCCCAACUAAACUUAACUACUACACUCACACCACACACAUAAUCAAAAUGACGGUCAUGGAGUUUUUUGGCUGCACUUUCAUCGCGUUUGGACCACCGUUUGCGCUUUGCUAUUUCACCAUCGCGCACGACCCAGUCAGAAUUAUCAUUGUCAUCGCGAGUGCCUUCUUCUGGCUCCUUUCUCUCCUGUUGUCAUCUUCAUGGUGGUUCGCUAUAGUCCCUCUAAAGGAAACGUUGGAGUUUGCCCUCGUAUUCUCCGUGAUAUUUCAAGAGGUCUUCCGCUACCUCAUUUACCUCAUCCUUCGAAAGGCAGAGGGUGGGUUGAAAAAGGUCACAGAGUCGGACACUGCGCUUAUUGAUAAUAAACACAUCCUUUCUUAUGUUGCUGGCCUGGGAUUUGGAAUCAUGAGCGGAGCCUUUGCUCUCAUCAACGUCCUUGCUGACUCUGUGGGACCUGGCACCGUAGGAAUUCGUGGUGGUGGAGAUUCGCCAAUAUUUUUGGUCACGUCGGCUCUCAUUACGCUCGCCUUUAUUCUCCUUCACACGGCUUGGAACGUCAUAUUCUUUGAUGCUGUUGACAAACGGAAUUACUUUUUGAUCGGGACUGUUGUCGCCUUUCAUUUUGGGGCAUCAUUUUUGACGCUGUUCAAUCGUCAUCACAUGUACUGGGCGUCGAUCCCUCCCAUCUAUGGAAUUUUGAUACUUAGCGUAUGGCUAGCAUUGCGAACGGCUGGGGCCAAGAUCAACAUGAAGGAGCUGUUAAAUCGACACCCGGUCACGUUGCAUGUCGCUGAAUGAGAAAUGUGCAGCGUAGGAGGAAAUCCCGCGCACCGCCAGCCAAUCAACAAUAUUAUGGACUGAUAAUGCUAUUUGUUAAUUUUGUUCUUUGAUAUCCAUCCAAUUUCUGAGAGAGGUCAUCUUAUUCCCACGCUAUACAAAAUAGUCAGGAUUUAAUUUUCAAUACAACAACCGCAUAUAUGUAAUAAUAGAUAACAUAAUAACUCAGAAGUCAUUUUGAAAUGUGAUGUCUAAUGAAGAAAAAACUCAUAAUGCUUUUUAUCCUAUCAUUCUUUUUGUUAACUUUUACUAUUUAUGCUCUAAACCAUAUUUAUUUAAUACAUAUAUAUGUAUGGAAUAAUGAGAAAGGGUAUGGGAUAAAAUUAUCCUGUGAGCCAAGGGAAUGGGGUUGUAUAGUAAUAAUAGCAUUAUUAUUAUGUAUUAAUUACUGUACGGGUUAAGAGUCUGAAUAUAUCGGGGUAAAACUUGUUAAAGCACUACAAAAACUAAAUGUAAUAUAAUGUAAUAUACUUUAAAAAAACUUACCAACUGAAGACGCAUUCUUUAAUCUUUGUCUCAAAAUAUUCUGCUGAUAGUGUCCAGAUACCUGCAUUAUGUAAACCCCAGUCACUUCAAAAUUUGCACUCAUUACUGAUAUGCAGGUGCUCACAAAAGUGCUCGUAUUACUAAAUGCGAGUAGUUUGUACGAGACUAAUAGUUAAGAAAUAUAUGUCAAGUACCAAGCAGUUUUUUCUACAUUAUAAAAAUGAUGUGAUAAAAAUAAGAAAAAAAGUAGUAGUAGCAGUUAGCAGUGCAGUAGUAGUUAUUGAGCUGUUGGUAGUUUUGCGUAUUUAUUGUGUGCCAAUAAAUCAUUAUUGUUCAUAGCAGUAGCAUUAUUAUUACUUUUAUAAAUAACUAUAACAUUUUCUUGCCUGUUAAAACCAUUUAAGAAUAAUAAUACGUUUUUUAUAUUACAA